GACGCAGUCCGGGGAAAGUGUGAGGAACGAGAAAGGGUGUCCCGUCGGCACUAGCACAGACUGCACGGAACAGCUGCAGCCAAGGUUCACAUAGAGUUUCACAGCAUUGCGAGUAGUACACAUAUAAUUUCAUCCCAAAACCUAUAGAAUAACUUUCACACUAACCAAAUAUUAAAAUGGUUGAUCGCGAGCAGCUGGUGCAGAAAGCCAGGCUGGCUGAACAGGCUGAAAGGUAUGAUGAUAUGGCAGCUGCCAUGAAAUCGGUAACAGAGCUGAAUGAGGCGCUAUCUAACGAGGAGAGGAACCUCCUGUCUGUGGCCUAUAAGAAUGUGGUGGGGGCCCGUCGUUCCUCUUGGAGGGUAAUCUCUAGCAUCGAGCAGAAAACCUCUUCAGAUGGAAAUGAGAAAAAGAUUGAAAUGGUUCGGGCCUACAGAGAGAAGAUUGAGAAGGAGCUAGAGGCUGUGUGUCAGGACGUGCUCAACCUGCUGGAUAACUACCUGAUCAAGAACUGCAACGAGACGCAGCACGAGAGCAAGGUGUUUUACCUGAAGAUGAAGGGCGACUACUACCGCUACCUGGCCGAGGUGGCCACGGGUGAGAAGAGGGCCACCGUCAUCGAGUCAUCAGAGAAGGCUUACAACGAGGCUCAUGAGAUCAGCAAAGAGCACAUGCAGCCCACCCACCCCAUCCGCCUCGGCUUGGCUCUCAACUACUCUGUGUUUUACUACGAGAUCCAGAAUGCCCCUGAGCAGGCUUGUCAUCUGGCCAAGACCGCCUUCGAUGACGCUAUUGCUGAGCUGGACACCCUGAACGAGGACUCCUACAAAGACUCAACUCUCAUCAUGCAGCUGCUCCGAGACAACUUAACACUGUGGACAAGUGACCAGCAGGAUGAUGAGGGAGGGGAGGGCAACAAAGAUUAAUAAACCACACUUAGGAAAAAUAUAUAAUGAAGGGCCGGUGGGCUUUGGCAGACGCUUUUGCUCGUACAGCAGCAGCAGUUCUUUAUUUUUCCAUGUGUUAAAAGAAAAUAAUCAAAAGAAAGGUGAGGGGAGGUUACAUCUUAGGCUAAAUAUAUAUAUAUAUAUAUAUAUAAAUAAAUAGUUGAAAGGGCCUCCGUCUUCUUGAUUUUCUCUUUGACAUUUGCCAAAACCACUGAAAUGUCAGUCAAUCCUGAAGUGGUUGUUGUUGGAUUGGUUUGGCAGUCUCACACUGGCAUAGGGACUGGUGUCGUACCAAGGGAAGCUGCUUAGUUAGGUUUAUGCAUGAUAGAGAUGCAGACACUUGAGGAAGGG